AUGCGUAUUCUGGCAUCUGCAGCGAGCUCGGCUCUGCGGUGGGGGUUCGUUGUUCUGGCAGUAGAGCAUGCUGACGGCACAGCCGCCACAGUACAGCUGGCUGGCCAGCAGGGCGCUCGAUUCUAUGGGGGAUGGCUCAGCGAAGAAGAGAGACUUGCUCAGACCAGGUACCGGAUGGGCGAAGUGGCGACGGCCUAUGACCUGCUGAGGGCGCUGCAGCAGAGGGAGCUAAGGGAGGGGCUCAAAUUGAGCGGUGAACUGGAUGCUGUAGCCUACUUUGGCGGGCGCCUGGAUCUGGAGAGAGCGAGCCUAAUGGGGCACUCUUACGGGGGCGCCACCAUCUCGGUGCUCACAGCCCAGGACUCCCGCUUCCGGGCCGGCAUCGCUCUCGACCCUUGGUGGGGUGCAUUGCCGGAGGACAGUGCUGCGCUGGGCGGUUGGCAGACGGACUCACCCCUGUUAGUCAUGGGCAGCCACACGUGGAACACGCCGAGCGAGAGCGGGCGCCUGUUCUGCGACGGCGUGCGCCAGCAGCGUGUCUUCGCGGCCGCCACCUCCAGAGCUGGCGCGGUGCAUCUGGUACUUGAGGGCAGCAGCCAUGACACCUUCAACGAUGCAGUCAUGCUGGUGGCUCUACGAUUCAGGAGCGCCAUGAACUACGUGCGCAGCUUCAAGAAGUCGAAGUUUAUUCAGGAACUUGAUCCGUCCCUGGCGCUGCCACUCGUGUCCAACGCGGCGUUGUCAUUUCUCAAGCGCCACCUGGCGCUGAGCCCCGGCCAGAUCAGGCCGCUGGAGGCCGCCAUGCAUGCAAACUCAGAGCGGCUGAUGCGGGCAGAAGCUCGGCUCGCAUCUGAAGCUGCUCACAAGGGGAAAGCAGGAGAGAAGGGCAGUGCAGUUGCCAUGGAAGCGCACGGGGAGGCAGCUUCAACAACACAGCAGCCUGGGCCUCAAUUUGAGGCUGCAAGGAGUGGGCCUGUUGAGGCGGCUGGCUCGCUGGCGGCUGCUGCCUACUUAGGACUGGAGGGAAAUGCUGACGAGGCCGGCGCGGCCUCUCAGUAUGGACAGGAGGAUGGCGGGCUUGGCAUGAGAGGAGGGAGUGAUACAGGGACAGCAGGUUCAGACAGGGCCCGACAGCAGAAGCCUGCUCAAGUUGCACAGGCAGCGCCGUCAGACAGUGAGCUGAGGGCCCUGCAGCAGGUCUGCAAGGGUCAUGUGUGGAAGCUUGAUGCGUACGGGCUGUGAGACAGAAAAAAAAGAGAAACGAGGAAAUCAAAUACUUACUCUUGUUGCCGGUGAAGCAGAAGAUUUGAAAUUGGAGAUAUGAAUGCAUCAGCUCGAAAGGCAGCUCCGGAGGAUCCUAUAAAUAUUGCAGCUGCUCACUAAACCAAAAAAUGGGAUUCAAUCUUGGCUGCUAUGAGUGCGAAAUCGCGCUACAGGAAAUUAAAUUUGAAGCCUGAUGUGCUGAGUAAGAGUUUGUUGCUCAGUGUGUCAGUGCAUGCAAUUCUGCUGCGCCAGGAUUACUUAUGAGAACAACUUCGAAUUUUUUUACACAUAGCGCGUACCUGUGGCUACCUUUGAAAGUAUCCUUGGAGCCAGAGGACUUCACUCAAUUAUUUGACAUGAAGGAAAUUUUUUAGAGCCUAACAAUUCUUAGUAUCAGGCAUCUUUGCCAAACUUGCUGCAUUUUCCGAUCUCUCGCUCAACUUGACAGCAUCCUGUGAAACUGUGUUCGCAUCCAUCCACUCGAGCGCCAUACACCGCAUGGCAAUGGUGGGUAAGAUGGUGGUGACUAAGAGGCAGAUUAGUCAUGGGAGAAGUUUUGCGGCCACGCGCCAGCCAUUGCUCUGGCGGUGUAUUUUUGUAUCACAGCAAAGUUAAGAAUCAAUGCUAGAUCUUAGACAGGGGCAAAUUCUUGCAAGGGGAGUUCGCU